AUGCCCUUUCCAGCUGCCUUUGGGCUGCCUGCGCUGCCUGCCCAUCCACCGCCCCUACCGUGGGUGCUCUCGUCCGCCCUCCCCGCGCCCUUCAUCAUCAAGCCCUCACCCUGUUCCUAUUCCUCUGCCCUUUUGGCCAGUGCGCCCGUCUCGGGUCGUCCUUUUUUUCCUGGCCACUAUCUCGCUGUCCCGGACGCCCGCUGCACUUGCUGCUGCACCUCUCUUUGGCCCACGUCUGGAACACGCCGCUUGGCUUGCUGCCUCUGUGCUACCGUCUGCCGCCAGUGCGCUGCACCCCCUGUGCCGCUGCAUAAUAUCUGUCUGUCCGCCGCCGUUUGCUUUGUUACCUAG